AUGAACCAGACAUCGCGGACGGACGAGCCGUACGAGGGCGAAGGGCUCAACCAGAGCCCGAACGCCUUCUCGAACGACCUCGUCACCAACCAAGACCUCAACGGCAUAGCGAAUGCCAGAGAGCACAGAGGCGACAAAUCGAGGAGUAUGGACGACUCUGGACAGCCCGUGGCCGAUCGCGCGCCGCCUGCCGUCGAGGAGGACCCUGAUGGUAGCGCACCGGAUCUGACCAUUGCGCGUCGUACGAUUGGUCGGAUCCCUGGGAGGGCAACCAACCAGGACAACGACGGCGGUUCGAUCGCCGCAUCGCGGAAGCAGUCUUUUCUGCAGCGCGUGUGCCGAACCGUCGUCACCUUUGGCAAGUUUGUCGGACCUGGUUUUCUAGUCGCUGUAGCGUAUAUCGACCCUGGAAACUAUUCCACCGACAUCAGUGCAGGCGCUGAAAAUCAAUUUCGUCUGCUUUUUAUUAUUCUGAUGAGCAAUCUUUUCGCCAUCUUCUUGCAAUGCCUCUCUAUCAAGCUGGGAACCGUCACGGGACUCAACCUGGCUGAAGCUUGCCGGGCUUUCUUACCUAGAUGGCUUAAUUAUUUUAUGUAUUUCUUGGCCGAAGCUGCUAUUAUCGCAACUGACAUUGCAGAGGUUAUUGGUACUGCUAUUGGGUUGAACCUGCUUAUACCCAAGUUACCCCUCGUCGCCGGUUGCGCUCUAUCUAUCUUAGACGUAAUGGUCAUUCUCUUCUUCUAUAGACCUAAUGAUUCUAUUAGAGGACUUCGGAUGUUCGAAUGUUUUGUGAUGUUCCUCGUCCUGGCUGUUGUUGUCUGCUUCUGCAUUCAGCUCUCGCUUAUAGAGGAUACAUCCGUUGGUGAAGUCUUCCUGGGCUACGUACCGAAUGAUUCUAUAACGCAGUCUUCGGGUUUGUUCCAAGCCUGCGGUAUUCUAGGUGCCACUGUAAUGCCUCACUCGUUAUAUCUAGGCUCUGGCAUAGUACAGAGUCGCCUCAAAGACUAUGACACCAAGCGUGGUCUACUUCCUCCCGGACCACCAUCUGCUGCCAACAGUACCAUGGACGAUAAGAUCGGAGAGAAAACAUACUAUGUUCCUAGUCUUUCAGCCAUUAAACACUCGCUGAAAUACUCGUAUGCCGAAGUGUCCCUUUCCCUCUUCACGUUCGCCCUCUUCGUGAAUAGUGCCAUUCUUAUCGUGGCAGGAGCCAGUCUUUACCAAAAUCCUGAUGCUCUAGAGGCUGAUAUUUUCGGAAUUCAUGAUCUACUCGUGCAAAGUAUCAGCCCGGGUGCAGGAACAAUCUUCGCUCUCGCGCUACUGUUCUCUGUCUCGGCGGGUAUUGUGUGCACAAUCUCUGGACAGAUGAUAUGCGAGGGUGCGCUGAACUGGAAGAUGAAGCCAUGGCUUCGACGUCUCGUCACGCGAUCCAUCUCUAUCACGCCGAGUAUCAUCAUCGCCGGCGCCGCAGGACGGGAGAAACUCAAUGCCGCUCUUAAUGGAAGUCAGGUCGCGCUGAGCGUUGUUUUGCCGUUUGUCACCGCGCCGCUUAUCUGGUUUACUUGCUUCAACAAAUACAUGACAGCUCAGCCGGGACAUGCCAGAUACAAGACUGAAGGAAAAGACACGUUCAUCAUCAACGGCAAUACCCUUAAUAUCAGCGCUAGCGAGGGUGAGCUUGGUCCUGCAAAUGGCUCUGUAAAUGGAGAUAGCCCCGCUAUGAUGGCUAAUCCUUGGUAUAUCUCUGUGCUCGCCGGCAUCAUCUGGCUUAUAAUGGUGGCCAUGAACGUAGCGAACCUUGUGUUGCUCGGUCUCGGCGAUGCAUAG